ACUCAUUUAUGAUUGUCCAUUGUUUCUCAAUAGCUCUCAAUAUCUAUCUUUCAAACUUGUGUUGCAACUUUUGUAGCUCAUAACCUGUUUCAGCACAGCUCUGAAGUAACAGGGAAGGUCAAUUUCCUUCACACUAUCACAUCAGUCAUCAAUAACUCAGUGCCACAUUCUGGUGGUGGAAGGCUUGUGUGAUGGAUGGUGACCAUCACAACUCAUCCCUAAUUUCUGGAACAGUGAUAGGGCAUGGGCAGAGUGGAAAAUAAGACGAAAGCAGCAUCAUUACAGUUGCCAACUUUGAACCCUGAGAGGUUGAGAUCCAAAUAAUGGAGCCAUCCUGUCAACUUAGUUACAGAAAGAAACUAUGGCUUUGGAACUGCUUGAAGUCAUUCUGCAACACAAACUGAGGAAAACUUAUGUCAGCAUUGAUAGCAUAACAUGAGAACUCUGAUCAUGUUUUUGUACUGGAUGUGAGAAAAUGUUCACCAGUCCAACUUUUACUUGAUCCUCACUUGUUGUUGAAGCUUUUCCCAUCUCUGACACCCACUCAAAUAUGGUCAUUGCAGCUUGGUGUGCUGUGGUCAUUGACUGCGAUUGACAUGCCUACAAGCCAAGCCCCAUUAAGUGCCAUUGACAUGCCUCCUCCAUGAAGAUCCACAUGCUGGAUACAGGCAUAGCUUUGAAGGAGUCUUGUUAUCCCACAAGAUGAGAUGUUGGUUGGUCUUCUUAGGCUCUGCUUCUACUGAAGAACAAUCUCUACUGAUGUAUGAAACCAGAGUUGAUGAGCUAACAAGUCACAUCACUGGUUGAGUACCAACAUGAAUUCCACACCUGAAGCAACAACAGAGUUGGUGAGAACUAGACUAUCUUGCAGAGGUUUCCCCCAUGUAAAGCAACUCAUCACACAUCAACAACAGCAGCUUAGACUAACAAUUCUAAGCAAAGGUGAGGAGGAAGAGGAAAGGGUUAUAUGAUGAUGAUGAUGAUGAUACUGAUGGUGAUGGUGCAGCUACCUCCAGCAAAUUUAAAGAGACAGAGACAUGUAGAAAUAUGGCCACUUAGUCGAGUUGAUCCCACCGCAACAAAGUAUAUAGCAGUUUGCAUGUUAAAAGAAAGAAUGCUACAAUUAAGUCCACUUGAAUUCUUCUUCUUCUUCGUGGGAGCCAUUCCUUGGUGUUCUCCAAGCAUGGGCUUCAUGGGAGUAAUUCUAGAAGGACUAAGUCCUAAACCCGCACUAACUACUGGACUUGCUAUUGGCUUAUAGCAUCCUCGCCGAUAUGGUGCCCACUUGAGGAGACAGUUCUCUCCCGCAGUGUGACUUCCCGCUUCCAAAUGCCUCCGUUGCCGCUCGCCUCCACCCUUCUGCUCCUGCUCGCCAUCCUGUCCUCGUCGUCGCCAGCCGCCGGACAGCGCGAUGGCCCCGCCACGGGCACGUCCAGGUUCCGCGAGGCGCCUCUGUUCUACAACGCACCUUCGUGUCCGGCGCCCCUGCCUCCGGGGCCCGACUCGGCCUGCUCCCCUGACGCGCUGGUGCACGUCGCCAUGACCCUCGACGUCACCUACCUCCGCGGCUCCAUGGCGGCCGUCCUCUCUGUCCUCCAGCACACCGCCUGUCCCCAGUCGAUCUUCUUCCACUUCGUGGCCACCUCCGCCACGGGCUACCUCAGCGCGACCGUCGCAGGGUCCUUCCCCUCCCUCGCAUUCCGGAUCCACCCCUUCGCCGACGAGCCGACCGUCGCGGGGCUCAUCUCCACUUCCGUCCGGGCGGCACUCGACCGGCCCCUCAACUACGCACGCUCCUACCUCCCCCGCCUCAUCCCGCAGUGCGUCCGCCGGGUCGUCUACCUCGAUUCCGACCUCGUCCUCGUCGACGACAUCGCCGGCCUGGCCUCCACCCCGAUCCCCGACGGCGUCGCGCUGGCGGCUCCCGAGUACUGCAACGCCAACUUCACCUCCUACUUCACGCCCACCUUCUGGGCCAACCCGGCGCUCUCCGUGGCCUUCGAGGGUCGGCGGGCCUGCUACUUCAACACCGGCGUCAUGGUCAUGGAGCUCGGCCGGUGGCGCGACGGCGGGUACACGGAGCGGAUCGAGGAAUGGAUGGAUCUUCAGAAGCGGAUGCGGAUCUACGAGCUGGGCUCACUGCCACCGUUCCUGCUGGUGUUCGCGGGUCGGAUCGCGGCGGUGGAGCACCGGUGGAACCAGCACGGCCUCGGCGGCGACAACUACCGGGGGCUGUGCCGCGACCUCCACCCGGGGCCGGUGAGCCUGCUGCAUUGGAGUGGCAAGGGCAAGCCGUGGGCGCGCCUCGACGGUGGGCGCCCGUGCCCGGUGGACGCUAUCUGGGCACCCUAUGACCUCCUCCUCCGCACCGCGAUGCCCAUCGACGACUCCUGAUCCGACCCGGAUCCACGAUGAUCGACCAACCCCACCCGAUCCGACCCGAAACUUCACCUCUUCCCUUCCAUGUCACCAUGACCUUCUUCUCUCCUUUCCUGAGAAGUGUAGAUUACUUAAGCCUUUCUUAGUCAAAUGUAGAUUACUUAAGAAGCCAUAUAUAACUAAGAUUGCAUAAUAAUGAUGAAAUAAUGGAAUCAUAUACUACAAUGU